GCAAAUCCGGCAACUGUAGAAUUAGUCCUAAUGGAAAUAUCAUCGGCCGGAGGACUUACCGAUCUGAACUGCUUGGCCGGUCACAGACAUAUGCAUUGGCAGUAACGUCUAGAUCAACCUAGCAGCGGUUUCAUUAACAGCAGCAAUGCAUGGUACAUGGAAGACUGUACCGUUCUCUUCAGCACGUCUUUCGCCUUAUGUCCCUCAAAAAUAUUGGCCGUACACUGAAUAUACCAUGGCUGCUGAGCCCUUUCAUAUUGUGAGCUACUACUCUCAAACCACUGUCUCGAGCCUCUCAGCUGUGUCUUUGUUCAAAAAAUGGUUAAUAGCAACGUUGCAGCCCUUCGCGGCAUACUUUUAGGUUACAAGAGCGCCUGGGCCUCUAAUCUUCGUUUGGAAACAGCUGUAAAAGAAU